AUGCCUCAAGAAAGCACCAAAAAACCCAAGCACCACAUUCCCUUCAUGCCUGGGCUGGUGGUCCAGCAGCUCAAGCAGAAGAGUCCUCCAGGAGCUCUGGGGAGCAGCAGCCCUCGUGCUCCUCAGCCGGUGGAGAAAGGGGGAGCUCGAGGGCUUUCUCACCAGGGACGUUCCUCCAGAGCCCCUGAGGUGCUGGUAGACAACGGUGACAGCAUGGCCAAUUCCAUCAUCUGCACCAACAUUCCUGGAAACAUCCUCUCAACUCUGACACCCACUGACGAGCAGCAUCCCUUUGAAUUGGCUCGGGAAGCUACAGAGAACUGUGAGUGCAUGUGGCAACAGUUUGACCAAGUAGAGGAGAGAACCCAGAGGAUCAGAAGCCAAUACCAGAUCAUAGACUCAUUGCUAGAAGAAAUUAGUAGUGACUGUGCAAACUUUGAGAAGUCCAAGGAAAUGCUGCUGCAAUGCACUGGAAUCCCGGAGACAGGAGCCUUUUGUCUGCAGCAGAAGAACACCAUGCAGCAGAAGGAAGCAUCAUCCCAGGAGGGAGAGGCAGAGCAGCAGGACAGGAUGGAGGUUUCCCAGGAGCAAGAGUCAUCGAGCCGGUGUGUGGAGCAGCUGAGCCAGGAAUCCUCUGGCCAAGGGCAUGAAGUGGCCCAGGUGGGCAGAGAGGAGGAGCUGCUGGCCCAGAGGGCUGAUCUUGAGGGGCGACUGGCAGCCAGUGAGGGGCUCCGAGAAGACCUUUCCAGGCAGCUGGCAGAGACAAGGUCAGCAAAGGAGAGCCUGCAAUCCAGGCUGGCUGCUGCUCAGCAGCAGAUAUCACAGCUGGAGAUAAGCAGGAAGUGUGUGGAGGCAGAGCUGCAAGGGGAGCUGCAGGCAGCUCGCAGAGAAGCCCAGGCAGCUCAGAGGAGGCAUGAGGAAGAACUACGAGGCCUCAAAGAGGAAAUGAAUCGCAUCCUUGAGCAGAGGGAGGCUCUACAAAAGAGGGAAUGGACUCAAUGGGAAGAAGUGGCUCAGCAAAAUUCAAAAUUGCAGGCUUCAGUGAAUGCCCUAGAGAGGGAAAAAGCCAGGCUGAUUCUGUCUCUGGAGGAAAAGAAUGUGUGCCUCAGGACACUGGAAGAACAGAACCUGACACUGAACAAUCAGGCGUCUCAGUGUCAAUCUGCUCUACAGCAUGCUGAACAGCUCUCUUCAAACCGUGCUGGACAACUGCGGGAGCUCAAAAAACAGAUCCAGGCCCUGCAGGAUGCAGUGCUGCAGAUGGAGGCUUCCCAGGCAACUCGGCAGAAGCAGCUGCUGAAGGAUCUGGAGGAAUCCCAUGCAGGAGAACGCUCUUUGAGGGACUCUGUGCACGUGCUGGAGGCUGAGGUGUCUGAGCUGCAUUGUGAGGCUGUGGAGGUGGAGCUGAGGAAAACACAAGCUCAGAGAGACAACCUCAGAGCCUUCAACCUGGAGCUGCAGAAGGAGUUGGAGGAAAUUGAGCAAGAGUUGGUGCAGGCAGAAGCCAAGCACAUCUCUCACCAAAUUGCCCUGGAGAAAGAGGCCACUGAAAGGCAGGAAGAGGCUGUGGCUCUCCAUCAGGAGGUGGCAUCACUGCAGAAGAAAUUGGAAAAGCUGGAGAAGGAAAGGAAAGAUGUGCUGUAUGAACGGGAAUUGUACCAGCAGCAGAUGAGAAAUCUGGAAAAGGAGAAUGAAAUGCAUGCACCUGAGAUGAGAAAUCACAGGGAAAAUACUCAAGAAUUGGAAUUGGAGAGGGACGGCAUGCAGGAAUAUUUGGAGCAUGGGGCUGCUACUUUGAAGAAAUUGAGGGACAGCACUCAGGUUCUGAGUGCUGCACUGAGCAACAGUGAACUUGCCAAAGGGGCUCUGAAGAAACACUUGAACAUCGUGAAGCGAAAGACUUGUAUCCAGGCAGGCACUGGCAUUGACUUUCAUUCUGUUCCAGUGUCCCUGAAUUAUUCCUGUGAUAUUUCCCAUGAGGAGGUUUCCCAGGAGCAAGAGUCAUCGAGCCGGUGUCUGGAGCAGCUGAGCCAGGAAUCCUCUGGCCAAGGGCAUGAAGUGGCCCAGGUGGGCAGAGAGGAGGAGCUGCUGGCCCAGAGGGCUGACCUUGAGGGGCGACUGGCAGCCAGUGAGGGGCUCCGAGAAGACCUUUCCAGGCAGCUGGCAGAGACCAGGUUAGCAAAGGAGAGCAUGCAAUCCAGGCUGUGUGCUGCUCAGCAGCAGAUACCACAGCUGGAGAUGAGCAGGAAGCGUGUGGAGGCAGAGCUGCAAGGGGACCAUCAGGCAGCUCGCAGAGAAGUCCAGGCAGCUCAGAGGAGGCACAAUGAAGAUCUACAAGACCUCAAAGAGGAAAUGAAUCUCCUCCUUGAGCAGAGGGAGGCUCUACAAAAGCAGGUGGCAGAGUUGACAUCUCAGCUGGCAGCCUCCCGAGAGUGCCAGGAAAGGACUGUGCAGAGAGCCCAGCAAGAUGUGAGGGAGGCCCAGGAAGAGUCCAGGCAGAAGCUGCUGGAGGUUGAGCAGAUGCAGAAGAUACUGGAGGAGGCAGAACAUCAGAAAAAGGAUCUUCAGGUGCAUCUGGAGUAUUUGGAGAGGGAAUGGAGUCAAUGGGAAGAAGUGGCUCAGCAAAAUUCAGAAUUGCAGGCCUCUGUCAAUGCCCUAGAGAGGGAAAAAGCCAGGCUGAUUCUGUCUCUGGAGGAAAAGAAUGUGUGCCUCAGGACACUGGAAGAACAGAACUUGGUGCUGAAAAAUCAGGUGUCUCAGUGUCAAUCUGCUCUACAGCAUGCUGAACAGCUCUUUUCAAACCGCGCUGGACAACUGCUGGAGCUCAACAAACAGAUGCAGGCCACGCUGCUGGCAGAGCUAGAGAAGAGAGAGCACCAGACAAAUCAAGAGAAGCAGCUGCUGAAGGCUGAGGUGUCUGAGCUGCAUGUGAGGCUCCAGAGCUCUGAUGACAAAGCUCUUGCCUUGGCCAUAAAGUAUGAGGCUGUGGAGGUGGAGCUGAGGAAAAUACAAGCUCAGAGAGACAACCUCAGAGCCUGCAACCUGGAGCUGCGGACGGAGUUGGAGGAAAUUGAGCAAGAGUUGGUGCAGGUAGAAGCCGAGCACAUCUCUCACCAAAUUGCCCUGGAGAAAGAGGCCACUGAAAGGCAGGAAGAGGCUGUGGCUCUCCAUCAGGAGGUGGCAUUUCUGAGGACGAAAUUGGAAAACCUGGAGAAGGAAAGGAAGAAUAUGCUGGGAGCUCGAGGGCUUUCUCACCAGGGACGUUCCUCCAGAGCCCCUGAGGUGCUGGUAGACAACGGUGACAGCAUGGACAAUUCCAUCAUCCGCACCGACAAUCCUGGAAACAUCCUCUCAACUCUGACAUCCACUGACGAGCAGCAUCCCUUUGAAUUGGCUCGGGAAGCUACAGAGAAUUGUGAGCGCAUGUGGCAACAGUUUGAUCAAGUAGAAGCGAGAACCCAGAGGAUCAGAAGCCAAUACCAGAUCAUAGACUCGCUGCUAGAAGAAAUCAGAAGUGACUGUGCAAACUUUGAGAAGUCCAAGGAAAUGCUGCUGCAAUGCACUGGAAUCCCGGAGACAGGAGCCUUUUGUCUGCAGCAGAAGAACACCAUGCAGCAGAAGGAAGCAUCAGCCCAGGCAGAAGAGGCAGAGCAGCAGGACAGGAUGGAGGUUUCCCAGGAGCAAGAGUCAUCGAGCCAGUGUCUGGAGCAGCUGAGCCAGGAAUCCUCUGGCCAAGGGCAUGAAGUGGCCCAGGUGGGCAGAGAGGAGGAGCUGCUGGCCCAGAAGGCUGAUCUUGAGGGGCGACUGGCAGCCAGUGAGGGGCUCCGAGAAGACCUUUCCAGGCAGCUGGCAGAGACCAGGUAA